AUGAUGAUGACUAUAGAUGUGAAAGACUUUUACAUUCAGGGAAGGGAGGGCGGGAGGAGGAGUCGUGUUGUGAACCAAGACGGCAUGGCUUUGUCCAUCGUGGCGCAAACCUUUGAAUGCAUGUAUCUGGAGCAGUUCAAGCUGCAGCAGAUGGCUGCUGUCAUCUUGCCCCUGCUGUCUGAUGUCAUAUGCUGGUUUCACUACCCUUGUCUGGAUGCCAUUCUUAAGGCCAGCCCCGAACAGCACGACAAUGCGCUUCUUCCUACGGCGGGGUACCUGCCCAAGGCUUACCAUGCGUGCCCAGCAUUUCUUGCAUGGAUGUGA